UGAAUUUUCAUUUUAUACAUGGCAAAACUGACAAAAGGCUGUCUGAACUACGCACAUAUAAUUCAGGUUUAACCUGCUUCAGUGAAGGGACAAGCAUGACAGAGAAAUACUGGAGCUGCUGUCCAAAGAAUUGGAAGCCAUUUAGUUUGAACUGCUACUUUAUUUCUACUGACACCAACAAUUGGACAGAAAGUAAAAAGAACUGCUUGGGAAUGAAGGCUCACCUGCUGGUGAUCAACUCCAAGGAAGAACAGGAUUUUAUCAUUCAGAACCUGAAUAAAAGCAAAGAGUAUUAUGUGGGGCUGUCAGACCCAGAGGGUAACAGAGACUGGCAAUGGGUUGAUCAGACACCAUACAAUGCAAAUGCCACGUGAGUAUAGAAUUUGAUCAAGGAAUUCUGAGUCCUGGAUCAUCAGGUGUUUUAGAGUGUCCAAAGUAUCGGGUUUGAAAAUAAAAUAGCUCAGGCUUCUUGUAACUCUUGGCACUAAGUUAAAUAAUUUUAUUUAUUAUCCCAUCGAAUCAACACAAGAACCCUAUGGAGCACAGAUUAUUAAUUUUUCAUUGUAGAGCUGAGGAAACUGAGUUUAGAGAGUUUAGAUAACUCAGCAUAUGUUAUCUGGCACUGGUGACAAUGGUCCUUAAA